AGCCUCCAGUGGUUAAGGCUUGUUCAAAGACUACCCACCAUGUUUAAACGGUGGCUUUUGGCCCUGGUGGCCCGGGUCGGCCUCAUUGUGCUGGGCCUCUGCUGCUGUCUGUUCCUGUUCUACCUCCUCGCCUGUAAACCCGCGUCACACAGCAGCCAGCAAUCUCUUUCUUGGUCUGCGGGGGCCACCAGUAAGGAGGGAUACAUGGCUUUGUUGCAGGAAAGAGAGGAGUCUCACAGACAUUACAUGAACAGCCUGAGCAAGCAGAUAGCCCAGCUGAAGGAAGCUCUGCAGGAAAGGACGCAGCAGCUUCAGGAGACCCUGGAAAAGGCUAAAACAAGAGGGAUUCUGCCUCAGGGUCUGGAGAGUUUGCACAAAACCCCGACACAGACCGACAUGAAGGAGUUCUUCCGCUCCCAGCUGAGCCAGGCCGAGGUGAACUCAGGUGUGAAGCUGCCCAGCGAGUAUGCAGUGAUUCCUUUCGACACUUUCACUCUGAGGAGGGUGUACCAGCUGGAGACAGGGUUGACAAGACACCCAGAAGAGAGGCCUGUGAGGAAAGAUCACAGGGACGAGCUGAUAAGCACGCUGGAGACAGCUCUGCACGUCCUGAACGGGCCGCAGCAACGCGCAGACAACACAAGGCGGAAGCGCACAUACUCCCCUGCAGACUUCAUUGAGGGGUUGACCCGUACUGAGCGGGACAGAGGAACUGUUUAUGAGCUGAUGUUUAAAGGCGACGGCCCACGGGACUUCACACAGGUCGUCCUCUUCAGGCCGUUUGGUCCCGUGCUGAAGGUGAAGAGCGAGAGCGUGAACACGCGCAGCAUGCUCAUCAACAUCAUUGUACCUCUGUCCAAGAGGCCGGAGGCUUUCAGGCAAUUCAUCAACAACUUCAGAGAAGUGUGCAUCCAGAAGGACAGCAGGGUUCAUCUGACUGUGGUCUACUUUGGUCGAGAUCAGAUAGAUCAGGUGAAGGCAGUCCUGGAUCAGACCACCAGAGAAACUCGGUUCAGGAGCUUCACUCUGAUCCAGCUGAAUGAGGAGUUUUCUCGUGGUCGAGGGUUGGAGGUGGGCGCCCGGGCGUGGAGGCGCGGCCAGAACGCUCUGCUCUUCUUCUGUGAUGUUGACAUCCACUUCACCGCUGACUUCUUAACUUCUUGUCGUCUCAAUGCAGAACCUGGUAAGAGAGUGUACUACCCAGUGCUCUUCAGCCAGUACAAUCCGUCUAUUAUCUACAGUAAUCAGAGUCUUUUACCCCCAGUUCAACAACAACUGGUGAUAAAAAAAGACACUGGAUUCUGGAGAGACUUUGGGUUUGGUAUGACAUGCCAGUACAGGUCUGAUUUCCUCAACAUAGGGGGUUUUGACCGCAGCAUCAAAGGCUGGGGGUUGGAGGACGUGCACCUGUACAGGAAGUACCUCCACAGUAAGCUAAUGGUGAUUCGCUCUCCAUCCCGGGGCCUUUUCCACCUGUGGCACGAGAAGGACUGUGCAGACGAGCUCCCUCCAGACAAAUACAAGAUGUGUAUGCAGACCAAAGCCAUAAACGAGGCCUCGCACGGCCAGCUCGGGGAGCUUUUAUUCAAACCAGAGAUCGAAGCUCAUUUGGGCAAGCAGAAAAACCAAGGAACAUGAUAAGGACAAAGCGAAAGGGCUUUUGGUUAUUUUUGUUAUCUCUGUUUAGUGUGUUCUUGUUUCAUGAUAAUUUAUAUUUACUGACAAUAAGUAUUCAGCUUCAAACUAAAUAUUUUU